AUGGAAGAAGAAGAUUCAUGGCAGGAAGAUCAGUCCAUGCUUGAUGAGGAAAGUAGUUAUGAAGAUGACCAAAUGUCAAAUGAUGGUUCCAACACUGAUUUUGAAGAGGAUCCUUAUGAAGAAGAUCCUGAGCCAGUACCACCAGACCCAUACCAAGAUGAAGACAUCUCUACGAAUGAAGAUUGGGAUCAUGAAGCUGAUGAGGACACUCAGUCUCAAUAUGACGCCAAGGAGGACUCAUGGGAGGCUUUAACCCAUACUGAUCCUGAUCAAGACAUAGAAGAAAGGCCAUGGACUGAAGUGCCUUACUCUGAUCCUGAGGCAAGACAAGCACUGCCCUUUAAUUCUUACCACGAAAAUGGCUCAUGGUGGGAAGAAAUUGAUUCUCCAAUCAGUGAGGAUGAAGCAAGGGAGUAUGGCCACGAUUUUGAGGGCCAAAGAUCCCAAUAUGGCUUGACUGAAGAGGAGGAAGCCUUAAGUGAGACUGGAAGAAAUGUUCAAGAAAUCCAACUUGAUGGAGAUAGAUAUUUGGAAUAUAUCCAAAUAUCUUAA